AUGGGCAGAUACUCGGUGAAAAGGUACAAGACGAAGAGAAGAACCAAGGAUUUGGACCUGAUAUUCAAUGACUUGACAUCGCCAGAGAAGAUUCAGCAACUACUCAACCAGCCUGUGGACGAAACAAAGCCUGGCUUAGGACAGCACUACUGUAUUCAUUGCGACAAAUAUUUAGAAACCGCUAUUGCCCUCAAGACACAUCUCAAGGGUAAAGUUCACCGCCGCAGAGUAAAAGAAUUGAAGGGCGUUCCUUAUACACAGGAAGUUUCGGAUGCAGCUUCGGGUCUCAACUUGCAAAAGUUCUUGAACAGAGUUGAGCAAAUCAAUCAGCAAGUUGGACCACAAAAGGAGGUGAACGAAACUCAAUUAAAAGCCCAUUUGGACACAGCCCUGGCCAACGUUGCUACCACAGAACCCACACUCCCCCACCUGGUGGAACCAACAGUGCAACAGGAGGUUUUGGAUGAAGAUGGAGAAGUUAAAAUGCAAUAG